AUGGACUAUAACAAUGCGUGGCUACAGCCUCAACCAAUCCCCGACCUGCAGACCGCCUCCGUCCAUGACGAGCGGUCUGUGGGCUCAAAUGACUGGAAGGACACGGUUGCGAGCGUGCAGGGCGGUGGCUUGAACGACCUAUUGCCAUUGGGCGACAUUCAGGGCCACCACACCCCCACACCCCCACUGAGCUCAUCCAACAACUAUCCGCUUUUCCUCAGCACCUCCCCAUCCUACCAGUAUUCCAACCAGUGGAUCCCCCCACCGCCCCAACUCCCACUCUCGAGCUAUUCCUCUCUCAAUGGCGCGACAAGCACGUCCUCCCAUUCACAACAACACUCGCAGAGCCAGAACCAGGGCCAGGGAUUGUCACAGCCGCAGGGAUCUUCUCCGAUGGUCAUAGAUCCCUCCCUCACGACUAUGAAUGGCUCGUCCUCCAGCCCUCCUCAACAGUACCAGCAGCCCGCAUACCUCUCGCACCAGAACCAUCCCCGCAUGCAAUAUCAGUAUUCGAUGACAUCCAUGAACUCGCCAUUUGUCCUCUCCGGCCCCUCCCAUUACCAACAACAGACACAGCAGCAGCAGCAACACGCCAUGCAGCUCCCCCGACACUCUCACUCCCCCCCACAGCCGCAACAGCAGGGCACUUUGUCGCCUUUUGUGCUCCACUCCCCCAAUUCUGGCUACUACGGUGGUAUCUCACCUUCUUCGUUCUACGGGCAAGUAGCACAGCCUGUUGCGGGACCCUCUUCUGCUACCUCCUCCGCGUCACCAGCGCCGUCGCACUCGGCUCCUGCCCCUACCCCGCCUCCCGCUCCUCCUGCGAACAAAGUUUCGCCAGAGCAACGACGAGCGACGCUUAUCGCCGACGUGAAACCGCUCAUACAGUCGAAUUCGUUCACAGGUGGUGGCGCGGUUUCGCAGCUUGUGAACAUUCUUGACGACUUUGGCAUGGACGUUGUCGAUCCUCAAGUCCGUCUCGACGUCCUCACUAAGAUUAGAGACAAUGCUGGCAACCACUAUUUCCGCGCUUGGGUCGACAACCCGACCGCUAUGGAGAUCGUACGGGAGUGGUUGAAGCUGGCGUUCGUAGGCCGAGAUGACCAACAAAUGGUCGAGACGAUCAUGCCGCUUCUGCAGAUCAUCGACCGCUUACCCUUCACUGUGGAGAAGUUGAAGGAUUCAAAGCUGGGCAAACUAAUCAUGAAGCUGAUCAAAGACUCUCCUACUCCGGCUAUCAAGGACAUGGCAGCGAACCUGGAAAGCAAAUGGCGACGAAUGCUCAUGCAGCAGGUCCCCGGCAAAGCCGAAAGCGAAGAUGGAGAGGAUACAAAGGGCAAGAAGCGACGAGCGGACUCGCUAUCCAAGUCCGCGCCACCCGUGAAGAAGGCCGCCAUCCCUGUUGCAGGCUCGUCGACACCCAAGGCCGUCGCGGUGAAGAAGGAGGCGAAGCCCGUCGUGAAGGACGCCAAAUCGGACUCGUCGUUCUUCUCCAAGCCGAAGGUGACGAAGAAGGAGCUGCCCAACUUCAAGAAGGGUCCGCCCAGCGCCCCCACCGCGACGGCACCCCCUAAGAAGGCGCCGGAAUCGAACAUAGCGCAGCCGUCCUCGGUCAAUGGCUUCCAGGAGGUCCUGAAGUCAUGGGCGUCGAGUGCGGGCCCGUCGACUCCUACACCACCACCCGCUGCGCCAGGGCCAUCGACGGCGCCAGCUGCGGGGCCGUCAGGGGCUCCAGGAGGGCCUUCUCUGGGCAAGAGGAAGAAGUCGGUAACGUGGGCACCGGACGCUCAACUAGAGCAGAUCAAGCUCAUCGACCGUGCGGUGUAUGACGAUGACGGCGCAACUGGCUCGCUCCAAACACAUAAUCUGCGCGACCUCGAUCGAGACGAAGGAGCCGCGCUGCACAACCAUCUGUUUGAAGAGCAAAUGGAGUGGACCGAGCUACAACCCCUCGAGAUGCCCCCGGAGAUUGAUUUCCCGCCACGAGGCAGCCAGAGCCAGGAGCGGGACGCUCAGGAGGAGCGCGAGCAGACUGCCCUCGUCGCGUCGUACGCGUCCCCCGCGCAGAUACCAGACAGCCCGGCCGAGCCGCCAGCACAGAUGCCCGAGGAGCAGGUGGACGAGGGCGUGCGGCUCAUGCUGACCGGGACUGAUGUCGAUGCGAUAUUCUGGAGCGACGGUGCGCCUGCGCUCGUCGACACGCUGCACCCGUCGACGUCCGUAGCAGAUCUCGUCGGGCAACUUGCUGCUGCGGCGCCCGCGUUCGCGCCCGAUGUCACAAUGGGCGAUGCCCCGAGCAUGCUGUCUGCGACGGCCUUCAACCCCGAACAACUUCAGCUGCUGGUGCAGCAGGCGCAGGCGCUGUCGCAGAACGGGCUGCUGAGCGGACUGGGUGGGCCGCCCCCGCCGACGGCCCCGCCGGGGGUCGGGGUCGAUCAGGGGGGGUGGGGGAGCCAACAAUACACAGAUUUCGACCGAGGAUAUCACGAAUCGAACGGCCUCGGCCGGGGCGCCGCCGAGCCCAACCGGCGGUGGGGAGAGGACGGCUGGAACGACCGGAACGGGCCCCGGGGGCGGGGCCGGGGAGGCCCGCCGAUGCGGGGGAGGGGCCGGGGCGGCGGCGGCAACGGCGACGGAUUUAGAAAUACAAAGCGAAAACCAUGCAGUUUCUUUCAGGCAGGAAGAUGCCGAUACGGAGAUCAGUGCGACUUCAGCCACGAGCCGCUCAACUACAACUAGCGACCGCCCGCGCACCCCGCUCCUUGUGUAUUUUACCAUAAUACUUGCUUGUCGAUGUCGAAGGUCGUGUUGCACACGUACCUAUGUUCUUG